ACGUGGAGACCGCCGGCCUCUGUCAUUUCCAUUCUGUUUUGUGUGAGUGUUCGAGCGCGCGUGUAUGCGUGUGCGUGUGCCUGAGUGUGUGAGUGUACGUGCGAAUGUGUGUAGGUGUAGAGUCGCGUGUCGUUCAGUUAUACACCAACAACAACAUCGACACCGCCAGCAACAACAAUAGAUAGACCGCACACCUUCGUAGCCCCCGUAGACCGCUCUUCGUUCGCAAAAAAAACACAAAAAUCGAAAAACGGUCAGUGAAUCAAUAUACAACAAUAUUAAACACAAGUUACCAAUUAACCAUUCAGACAAAGCGUUAAAUAAAAACCCGUUAGUAAAAUUCAAGUAACAAGUAAAAUCAAGAAGCAAAUAAAACAGUAAUUGCAACAAUAACAAAUCAUAAACAUGUGAUUUUCUGUUGUGCCACCAGCUGCUGUAUGUCCUCUGUGUACAAAGUGGACGCCAGGAUGCAUCGCAACAUCAUCAUCGAACUCAAUUUCAUCAGCAUCGCCGUUUAGCAGCAUUUAUGCACCAGCAGCUUGACAUACACCUGUACACAACACCAACAACUGAGGUAGAGCGGCAACGUCAUCGGCAGCGGAAACGAUAUCAUCAGAGGCAACCAAACUAACUUAUAAAGUUGUGUCGACACUCGAAUCCGCCGAACAGCACUGCCAUGCUCGGAGUCAACCAGUCGGAAUAGACGCACGAAGAGUCUCCUCAAACAGUAGAGACAGUUGUGUCGACACUCGAAUCCGCCGAACAGCACUGCCAUGCUCGGAGUCAACCAGUCGGAAUAGACGCACGAAGAGUCUCCUCAAACAGUAGAGACAGCAGCAGCCGCAGCAGCGACAACCACGAAGCGUCGUCGUCUGGGAGCGCCGUGGUGGGCGAUCUGUACUUUGGUUACGUUACGCUCUGCGUUAGUAAGCUUUUGACAGUUGACAACGCGAGACGCUUAACGCGCACGGUAGUUAAUAACGACGACGGCAACGCGUCGCCGCUGUCGACGCAGUCGUCGGUAAACGCAACAACAAUAACAAAAUAAAAAUACAAUAAAACGCAAUUUGAAUAUUUGCCUAGUUGAAAAAUAUGCAACGCACUAACAUCGAGUUUGAGCGUCAACGUCAUCUGGCCAAUUGGUUGGUGAAGAGCAGUCCUCACAUGGCAGCUGCAGCGGCGAGUGCAGCGCAGCCACCCACAGCAGCGGGAGCAAUUGGCAGUACUGGAGCGUCGACAGCAGCGGUAGCUGUGAUUGGAGCAGGGGGUGUGGCAGCUGCUGCGCAAAUAGCGCCCGGCAACAGCGCUGUAGCCUGUAAUGGUGCCCCAUCUGGUGCACAUCACGGGCCAUUGGCGAUGGCUGCUGCCACGGCUGCUGUUGAGGCGCGCAAGCCCAAGUUGCGUCGCUUUAACUCCCACGACACCAGCUCCAACAUGUUCUCUGUCGCCGACUUUGAGAACGCGCGUCUGGCGCGCCGCAACGAGAUCGAGCUGAAGCAGCGUCUGGCGCGACGCCAGCGCAAUAGCGCCAAUGGUAGCUAUGGCUUGGGCGGCGGUGGCGGUGGCGAUGUCGUCACUUCUGCAACUGGUGGUGGCCUCACAGCCAGCAAUGGCCAUGGCGGCUACACGGGUUUCUGUGGCGGACUCAAUGGCAGCGGCGAUUACUCCACCGGCGACAGCAAGACCUCCAAAGGCAGCGGCAGAAGAGAGGAACCCCUGCCCGCUGAUGUAUUCCUUGAGCGGUAUCCGUUGCCUCGCGUUGCACGCUUUUUGUAUCCCAGUAAGAACUCAAACGAGACGCUCCAAUCGAGUUCGUCGCACGGCUCCUCGACGGCCGCAUCAAGCAGCUCCUCGGGGGGCCUUAAGGCGUCGCACAGCACCAGCAAUGGCAACAGCAACGAUGCCAACACUGGCACCACAUCAUCGUCCAGCGGCAGCAGUGGAAAUCAUCAACAGCAGCAACUCCACAAUAACAGCAUCAACACUCUGGGGUUCAGUGAUGAAGUCUUUCUGCUAUAUAGGCUGGUGCGGCAGCGCGAUAUCUAUCAUGGAUACAAUGCCAAGUUACAGGCGUCGCAGCGCAAGAAAACUGUUCUCAUACCGCAGGAGUUUCCAGGUUAUUUCUCACUGCUGAACGAGAAGGGGCUGCCAACGGCCACACAGUAUGGCUCGCUCAUGCAACUGGUGCGAGAGCGUGUCUACAAGUUUGCCUCGGUGGACAACAUGCCGGCGUUUAGCGAAUCAUCACCCAGUGCAGCCAGCAAUAGUCCCAGUCAUGAGGGCUGCCUGCCCACCAAGAAUCGGCCACAGUACGUGAAGACAACGGCACGAGGCGGACAGGUAUUCCGGCUGUUGGCCGUCUUUGAGGAUGGCAAGCAGGAGCAUGGUCAGAAUGGCCACAGUCACAGUCAAUCGAAUAGUCUCAGCAAUUGCAAGCCGCACUUGGCAAGCGGCGGCGGUUACAUGGGACGCGACAAGGAGAAGGGUCGCUACGCUCAGCUGUUGAACGAACAGCGACAAGUGCUGUAUGUGCCACUCUCCACCAAGGGCAAAUUCUAUGAAAUUGAGCCGGGAAUACCGCAGCUGCUGCAGAAACUGGGUGACACGCAACGCAAACUGAAUCCAGAGUGUGUACAUCGCUUGGGUGCUCUUGUCUCGGCGGCCAAGCAGUUGCCACUGAUGUUGCGCUACAUUUCGGGACCCGCCGGCACCGAGAUACCCGAGCAGCUGUGCAUCAGUCAUGUGAGCAAGGAGGAUGUGGUCAUUGGCUGUCCCAUUGACGAACAGUAUGCUCACAGCUCAACACCACCAUCGGCCGCACAGCCGCCGUUGCAAUUGCGCAAAUUGUAUUGGAGCAGUGAUAUGCAGUUGGUAAAGUGUCUGCUGGGAUUCGUAUCAGAUCAGCGUAUGCUGGCCAAUGGAUAUGUGCAGAGUUUGCUCAAGUUUUGUCAAUUCAAUUGCGAUCAGUUUCUAAAACUGGUGGAGGUUGAGUUGCUGCAACGCAGCGAACGAUCCGGCAGUAAAACCCGUGAAGGUCUCAAGAUCCUCAAGCCGUUGCAUUUGCCGAAGCUGUUGCGGCGCGAGAAGAGCAGUAUGGCGGCAAUAACGAAUACGUCGGCCCAUGAGAAGGAGGACUCGAUCAUAUUUCUUAGCAAAACCGAUCUGGAGCAACUCGAAGCCAAAGAGGCGGCAGCAGCUGCUGCAGCCGCAGCGGCAACGCUCAACAGCAGCAAUGAAACCUCAACGCAGGGAACAAAUCGCAUCACCGAGCGCAUGAAGGUCUUUCAAUCCACCAAAAAGAAGUGGUUUCGCAAGCAACAACAACAUCAGCAGCAGCAACAACAGCAGGAGGAUAAAUCUUGUGUUGCGGAACUGCAAAUGGAUGUGCAGGCGAAGCGCAUGAGCAUGGAGCGUUAUACGGACAUGUCCAAGUUGUUGCAGGAGCGUUUUGGCAAUGUCGACAAUGAGACAUCCAUUGCCACAGUCCACGCGGACACACAGUCGCUACACAGCGAGACGGAAACGACAACGUUAACCACCAGCAUUGACCACAGCUCCAUGCCCAAGUCGUUGGACACUCUGUUGCAAAAGUCAAUGUCGCUGCAGGACAUUGAGCUCUUGAAUGGACAGCGACAGCAGCGUCCCGAUCUUCUUUCGGCACAUAAUGCGGCUGGCAAUGCGGAUGCCAUUAGUGAGGCAGGCACCGAGCUGGAAGAUGUGGAGAAUCAAACGCCACCGCCGCAAUCAUUCAUCACCGAAAAGCUGUACAAUGAGUUCCAUGUAAAGACCAGACAAUACAGCAAAUCGUCGAGCAGCCUGCAUCAGUUGCGACACUUUUCGCUGCCGCAGAAGAUGCAGCUGCAUGAAACGGAACGUGAACGUCGCAGUCUGGCGCAAUUUAAGGCCGAGCAGCAGCAGCUGGCCAAGGAGCCCAUCACUGGACGACGUGCUGCUGGUGGCGUCUCAUUACUGGGUGGUUUGGUGGCUUUGUCGCCAGCUGCAUUGCUGUCGCCCACCUCUCUGGUGGAGGAUGAUUUGCCCUACUCGAAUGUGCGCGAUUCUCUGGUGUUGUCCAGCCUGGGCAGUGUCCCCGCUUCGGCAGCACCUCAAGCAACUGUCGCACCCAUUGCUGUCGACUACACCAAGGAGAAUAUAUAUGCGGAGAUUUGCGCCUCACACACAUGUGACACUUUCUCGGGCGUUACGCAGCUGACGCAGCUGCCACAACACGACGAGGGAGACGACAAUGUGGACGAUGAUGAUGAUGAUGGUGACUAUGCCUCGCUGAAGUAUCAGCCGAAUGGACCACAGUCUGUUAGUCGCGUGGAAAUCAACUGCACGCCCGCCACAAGCGCCAUUAGCUACCACACGGUUUAUUUGGGCGAGGAACCGCUUGGCGAGCGUCAUGCGACUGCGGGAGCUCAGCAUGUGACUACAGUGGAGCUGGCUGGCGAGGAUAACAUAUACAAUACGCUCAAAUGAUGAUUUAUGUGAUUUCGGCGUCGACAUCGAUUAGCCGGCGCCAAGGGUCUAUUCUGAAUGUGAAGGACAAUGCGAAUAGAAAAUAGAUGAUACACAAACUGAUGCAGAAACCGUAAUAGAACCGAAAGAAACUGAUGCAGAUGCAAACAUGCUUCUAUAUCUACAUGUAUUUUACUUUAAAUCAUCCCUAACUUUGUAAGGUGAAACGCGAACAAAAUUGAAACUAACUAACAUUUCUAUAUAAAACUUAUGAACUCUUAUGAAAAGCAAGAAAAACCAAACGUAGAAUGAGUUAAGAACUGAAAACUUCAAUACGGAGAGAAUUCACUUUUACAAUAUAAAAAUGAUUUAAAAACAGUUGUACCAAGUGAAAAUUCCGCACUCAACAAUUCAAUUACAUGUAUUCGAUAUUACUACAUGAAAGUGAAAAUGCAAAACAUAGUAAUAUUCAUUUCAUUUGCAAAUUUUGUAUUUGUGUUGUAUUUAAAUUGAAAACCCGAAACAUAUAAUAAUUUUAUAGACUGUAGUUGUAACACACGAAGAAAACAAAACAAACAUUGUACAUGGAGAGCACUCGAAAUUUCCUCUACUCUAAGAACGCUCUAUAAGCAAGCUCCCUCUCAAAAAAAUGACAACUCAAAUUGUAAUAUUAAAUGAUAACAAAGUGAAGACAAGCAAUUUGUAUUGUAUAUAGGCUUAGCACACACCACACACAAACAUACCACACACACUUAUAUUUAUAUAUUCGCAUAUAAUUCAUGAAACUGAAUAUUUGAAAUAUUUGCAAUAUUAUACAAUUGUAUACAUAAUAACUUACAUAUACAUAUUUACCUAGACAUAUAAUAUGAUAAUACAUCUUUAUCUCUAAAUAUGAAGUUUAGAAAUCUUAGCGCAAACCUAAGGUAUUACUAGCUUGUAGGCAAUCAACAACAAGUCAAAUCAAAUCUUAAACGAUAGAUAUAUAUAUAUACAAAAAUAUAUAUAGUAAUACACACAUGUAUAUCUAGAUCAUAAGACAUAAACAUACUUACAUCUAUAGAAUCUAUGACAUAAUGUAAAAUAGCUUGAAAUCUAUGGACUAACAAUUGUGGUCCACUUUUACACGAUCUCUCGUAUUUGUCGCUCUGUUUAAUACUGUAUACUAUAUACAAUAUAUAUAUACAUAUAUUUUUUUUUACAAAAACAAAAACGGUCUGGCAUGGCCUUAAAAUUUCGUACUUUAAUCUGUCUGUCCGUUUUGAGUGCGAGUUUUCUUUUGUUUUCUCUAAGUAUUCCCAGUCACAACAUUGAGCCAUAUUAAUAACUUGUUAAGCAGUCCCAAAUAUGCAUUACUAUAUUGAAUAUGUUCUAGUCCUCAGUUGAGAGAUUUCUAUGCGUGUGCUUUCUCUUGUAUUUUUUUUGUAAAUUUCCUGUAUCAGAUCUAAAUAUUCUCGUCAGUUUGGAAUAUGAAUGAUCCGCUGGAGGUCUAUUAAUUUCCUAUCAAAGCGACAUGCCAAACUGUGUGACCUUUUUGGCAAGGCCAAAAGUAAUUUAAAUAAUUUUCGAUUCUCGAGUACUUUGAAUAAACAAUUAGCAAUGAAUUUAUGUUUUGCGAAAAACUUAUCAAUAUAAUGAAGCAGUGUUUAGAUUUAUGAAAAUGGAUCUGUAUAGCUGAGAUUUUAUAAUAUUGUCUAUUCCCUUUAUCAUUUACGAUUGUUACAACACUUACUUACGAGUACAAGCAAAACUUUUGAUUUACAAAUGCAA